CUUCUACCCAAAAGGAAAUCUAAAAGAAAACCGUGAAUUUCAAUCUAUUUGGCAUUCUACCAACCUACGGCAGCAACAAGAAUCAUCCAUAUAAUCUUUAAAGAUCCUUCAAUCCUACUACUACUAUAUACUUAUCAUUCUACCAAUAGUCUUAAAUCCACUUCACUCUCCUUCCUACUCACAAAACAUUAUCUCCCACAUAAUAAAAAAGUAUGGAGAGGAGAAAAUUCCUACGUUUCCUUUCAAUUCUUUUAGCAACUUUCCUCAUUUUCUUCAUAUUCAAUAAGAACUCCGACCUUCCUUCUUCAAAAAAUUACCACUCUGUUGUCAACAAGGCGGCGGUUGAACUCGAGCUUCAACCGCCACCUCGUAAACUAACGCGCCACGUCCAUGAAUCGGACGUGGCGCAUCACCCCUUGGACCCAUUAACGGUCCAAGAGUUGAAUCAGGUCCGGUCUAUGAUCACCUCUCACGUCCUUUUUAAAGGGGCGAAGUACUAUGCUUUCCACUCAGUGGUUUUAGAGGAGCCACUAAAGACACGUGUCAUAAGGUGGAAAGAGGGGGACCCACUUCCUUCUAGAAAGGCUUCUGUUAUAGCACGUGUUGAUGGAGUUACACACGUGUUACGUGUUGGGUUAAGUUCGGGUCGGGUUGAAAAGGUUGAUGUGGGUAAGUUGUCUGGGUACCCGACUAUGACGAUUGAAGAUAUGAAUACGGCGACGUUUACACCGUUGGUAAGUGCAGAGUUCAAUCAAACGGUUAAGGAACGUGGGGUUGAUUUGAAGGACUUGGCUUGCUUACCCAUUUCUUUAGGUUGGUAUGGUAAGAAAGAGGAAAAUAGGAGGUUGAUUAAGGUACAAUGCUAUUCUAUGGAAGACACUGCUAAUUUCUACAUGAGACCAAUCGAAGGGCUGACAGUAAUUGUUGACAUGGACACUAAUCAAGUGGUUGAGAUUUCUGAUAAUGGAAGGGACAUCCCUAUUCCCAAGGCCGCGAACACAGAGUAUCGCUUUUCAGCUCAAAAGAAACUUCGUCAAAAACUCAAGCCUAUUAACCCAAUAUCCAUUGAGCAAUCUAAAGGACCAAGCUUCACUGUGGAGAAUGGACACAUGGUUAAAUGGGCGAAUUGGGAAUUUCAUCUCAAACCCGACCCAAGGGCUGGGGUGAUCAUAUCCCGUGCCAUGUUUCGAGACCCGGAUAAUGGGGAACUUAGGAAUGUGAUGUACAAAGGGAUGACCUCGGAGUUGUUUGUUCCCUACAUGGAUCCGAGUGAUGCAUGGUAUUUUAAGACGUAUAUGGAUGCAGGUGAAUAUGGGUUUGGAUUAGAGGCAAUGCCACUUGACCCACUUAAUGAUUGUCCAAGGAAUGCCUAUUACAUGGAUGGUGUCUUUGCUGCUGGUGAUGGAAGACCAUAUGUUAGAUCAAAUAUGGUUUGUGUGUUUGAGAGUUAUACUGGUGAUAUCGGAUGGCGCCAUUCAGAGAGUCCAAUUACAGGCUUGGAGAUUCGUGAGGCGAGGCCGAAGGUGACAUUGGUUGUGAGAAUGGCAGCAUCAGUGGCUAACUACGAUUACAUUGUGGACUGGGAGUUUCAAAGUGAUGGACUCAUUAAAAUUAAGGUCGGACUAAGUGGUAUAUUGAUGGUUAAAGGCACGCCGUACACGAACACAAACCAAGUCUCGAACCAAGAAGACCUCUAUGGUACCUUACUCUCUGAAAAUGUCAUUGGUGUUAUCCAUGAUCAUUACAUCACAUUCUAUCUUGAUAUGGAUGUCGAUGGAUCGGAUAAUUCUUUUGUGAAAGUGAACUUGCAAAGGCAACAGACCUCUCCUGGGGAGUCACCUAGGACCAGCUACUUGAAAGCCACAAGAAGCGUUGCCAAGACCGAGAAAGAAGCACAAAUCAAGCUCAAGCUCUAUGAUCCGUACGAGUUUCACGUGGUUAAUCCGAAUAAGAAAACUCGAUUAGGGAAUCCAGUUGGGUAUAAAGUGGUCCCUGCUGGCACCGCGGCUAUCCUACUUGAUCAUGAUGAUCCACCCCAAAGACGAGGGGCAUUCACCAACAACCAAAUAUGGGUCACUCCGUAUAAUAGAAGCGAGGAGUGGGCUGGUGGAUUGUUUGCUUACCAAAAUCAAGGUGAAGAUAACCUCGCAACAUGGUCUGAAAGGGACAGGGAAAUAGAGAACAAGGAUAUUGUGCUUUGGUAUACCUUAGGGUUCCAUCACAUACCAUGUCAAGAGGACUUCCCAAUCAUGCCGACAGUUUCGUCGAGCUUUUCUUUGAAACCUGUCAAUUUCUUUGAGAGAAAUCCCAUCCUCGAAAUCCCGCCAAACUUCGAAAAGGAUCUACCAGUUUGCCAACCUGCUACUUCAACUUCUUAAUAGGCCAAUUUGCCUGAACGUGAUAUCCAUUGUAUAUAUUAUGAAUCUAACAAACAAGGAGAAUAAAUUUUCUCUGUUUAGUACCACUGCUUUUAAUUUCAUUUCUAGUGGUCACAACAUUGAGCUAAACAUUCAGGUUUAGCAGGAUUAUGAAAUUGAGAAAUGCAUUACUAGUGUUUUUACUAAAA